AUGUCGAGAACAAAUAUUGAAGAACGAGAGAUUCUUUCAGCGGAACAAGAACAAGUAUUGCUCAAUGAUGAUGAAGAACCCACAAAAACCACUGUCGACUCGACAGAGGAUAGGUGGGCGAGCAUGUUCCGAGAGUUUAAAGACGACGUUUUGGAGCGUUUUACACGCAUUGAGGCCAAACAAGAAAGGCCCUCUAAACGGCGGCGUAGACGCAAGUCGUCAUCGGCCGAAGAGUCGCCUGACGACGAUAUCUCUGACACAGAGAAAUUAUGUGGAGCGGUAGACUCUGCCGAAACAAGUAGUGAGCGAGAGGGCGACACGCCAAAUGGGCAAAUGAUUUCGGAGCCCGAUGAUAAUCUGCUGAGCGAAAUUGCUCAAGAGUUUGACGGGGGCGAUGACACAGGGCCAAACGUAAGCGAGAAACUCGCUGACAUUGUCAACAAGCGUUGGGCUGAAAAGCUGGAUGAUUCAAAAUUUAAAUCCAAAUUGGAAAAAUAUAAUAGACCAGCAAACUGCACUCGCCUCCUUGUCCCUAAG